GCCUUGCUGCAGAAAUUUUUAAGCAAACAUUUUUAAUGCACGUGUGUAUUAGCAAUAGCUUUAUGUUAUGUAGGUUUGGCACAUCCACCGAGGCAUCAGCACCCGCGGUGCUUUCAUUAUAUCCGUGAGCUAAGAGCAUAACUGACAGUCAAAUACAGUUUUAGAUGCUAGACUAACGAGAACAUGCCAUUAUCAAUGAAUUCACUCACUGCAACUAUACACACGAUUAGUAGUUACACCCACUUUUAUAAGAAUCACGAAACAAGAGCAAUGGCUUCACUAGACCCUCCCCCUGUCACACCAUCGAAGGUGACUCUGACCAACUGGGUACGCCUGAACAACGCCCCCCUCCUCCUACCGAGAGCAUCAGCCGUCCAAUGGAAUGACUACGUCUUCGUGCUAGCUAGUGAUGGCACAGCACUUCUCUAUCAUGCUAAACUAAAGCUAUGGUCUAUGCUACCAAAAUGCCCGUAUCAUCUGAAGGAAAAUGUACCGCUAGUCAACUAUGAAGGGAAGAUUCUAGCAGUCAGCAAUCGUUCACAGAUAUGUGCUUUUGACGCUCCUACUAGUAGUUGGAAGGAGGAAUCUGGACCAACAGUAGAGGAGAUUAUCCACAUGGCUGUCAAUCACGAUACUCUACAUGUGUAUGCAUGGGUCACAAAGUCAACCGGUUACAUGUUCGGUAAACAAGGUAAAGCUGCUCUGUUCACACUGACCACUGAAGGAUGGGAAGAACACGAUAUUUACAUCCAACGAUAUGCUUCAAAACUUCUGCUUACAUCAAAACACAUUUUUGUAGAAACUGCUAAUUCAAAAGGCAUUUAUUGCCAGAAAUUCAAAAAGACUUCAGAAAGUGAAGCCGAAUCAGACGAUACACCAAUCGAGCCACCCAAAGAGAUAGCUCCUCCCCCCUACAAGGCGUUCACUCUGCACGUGCUGAAAGACACGCUACUUUCGUUCGGAGGGCAUGACGAGGACAACCAACCAACCUCUGACGUGUUACGAUAUAACCCCGACACUGACACCUGGGAGAGUGCCGGCUACAUGAGGAGUGCUCGCUACAAUGUUGCUGUGGUAACCGUACAACAAGACACAACUACAGAGGUCUACGUGCUAGGAGGAGAAUUUGGAAGCACCAAACUGAAAAUGAAACCCAAGCUGUAUGUACAAACACAAGCAUGUACACGUACGCAUAAUAUUAUGCAUGCUUUUGUAUCUACACAAGCACAAGCUACACGUAAAUCUACACAAGCACAACAAGCACCAGCUGACUGGGACUGCUCCACAAGCAUUGUUGAAAAAUGCACACUGUCAGAUUGAAGCUACAUGUACGAACCAACUGUAUACACACUAGCUAGCAGCAUAUGAAUUAAACUAUACUUGUCUAAUGUAUGUUACAUAUUGUAUUGAUUUGAUUCACACUGAUCGCAUAUUACUGAGACGUACGACUAAUUACCAUAAAUGUCUCAA